AUGUCUUCUUCCUUUGGUAUGAAGCUUUCUCUUCCUCCUGAAAUGGCAGCCAAGCUGAGGCAAACAUCACAACCAGAGAAAGAUGCUGAAGAAGGGAAUGAUUCUGUUCAGGAAAACAGUGAGAAUAUUCAGGAUGCCAAACUCCCUGAAAUCAGCAUUGACGUCGAGAAUUUGGUGGGAUACAAGCCUGAAUUGGAAGAGAUGGAAUCCAUCAAAUCACAACUACUGGAAGCAAUGUGGACGCGGUAUCGUCUGGAGGAACGUGAAUAUGUACCCACAGAUAGUUCGCUACAAACUAUGGUAAUGGCGCCUCCCGACUUUGACUUUCAAGUCGUUGAACUCUUACAGAAUGGUGUUGCACGAUUCAAACAAUAUACUGACGAGGAUGAUUCUCCGAGAAAUGAAGGAUGUUCAAUGAUUAUUUCCUACCCACCGACAAUCAUCACCUCGGAUGGAGAAUCCAAAUUGACAUCAAAGCUAUGGGAACAGACCUCAACUUGUCCGUUUGCAUUUCGAAGUGAUGAUGCCACAAAGUUCAUUCCACAUUUGUGGAAUUAUUUGGCCCAUUGCUCGCGAAAUUUGGACUGGAAAUAUAAAAUGAGCCAAGAACUUGCAAAUCUUGUAGAGCAGGAAGAGACUAGAAUACGAUACGAGGAGUGGACCACGACACAACGAAAGGCCAAAUUGGAUCAGCUGUAUUCCAUUCGUGAAACGAUUGUGCACCAGGUGGAUAUGAGCGAGGCCAAAUAUGAUUCUUUUGCAAAGGAAAGAGAGAACAUCGUGAAGGAAAAGAUGCAACAACAACAACGAUUAGAAGCUACCAAGACUUCUGACCUGUCGUUUCCGGAGGAAUUUGCUCUGCUUGGAAUGAACGAUCAUGCCACUGAGGAAACAGACGAUGAUUGGGGACUUGGAGAUGACGACUCAUAUGGCAUGAGCGAUGACUCUGACUAUAGCGCUUAUGGUGAAAGUUCCGAUGGCGGAUACGGCUCAGAUGCUAGUCUCAGCGAGAGAUCAGAAGAAAAAGGAGAUCAUGGACCAAUUCCAAGCUCGCAUCAACAGGAGCUUCAAGGAGUGGAUGGCACCCCAAGUACCGAAGCGCAACACCUACCAAUCGAGGGCGAGCAAAAAUUGGCAAUGCCACAAGCUCCAAUCGAUGGUACGGCUGGAGUAGACGGGGCAGCUGGUGAUCAAAAAGAAAAACUUACGCUGACAACACCCUUUCGGCGGCGUCAAGAAAGACGGCAACGUGCAAAACAACGAAAACGGCAAGAGAGAAAUGAGGCAAAGAAUAAAGCAGAAAAAGAGAGGCUGAAGAAGAUGGAAAGAGAACUCAGGGAACAGCAUACUUCACGAGAAAUGGUGGUUGCCCAGACGAUUUAUGAAGCGUUAUCGAAGAAACUUGAAAGCGUUGAGGAACUCUUGGAGUCAUUGCAAGACGAAGAGUGGCAAGCAGAAGAAGAUCGGGAACAUGAUGCAGAGAGCAAGAAAGAUACAGUUCAUCAGAGUGAUAAAUCCUUCACAUUGCUAGAUCAAAUCUUGGCCAUGAUUUUGGGAACGACUCCCGUCCCACGAGGCAUGACGUCACAAGAACACUACCGCUUUGUUCAAGAGGAACAUAAGGCUAUUGUCAACGAGUGGAAGAGCUACUUUGGACGAUUGCCAGCCUCGCUAGGCGGUGCUUCUGAUCCGACCAAACCAACACCAAAUCCCGAUUUUACAGAGAGAGCUUCGCCAUCCCAGCUCCGAAAGCAGCUAGGAAUUGUCGACAAUACUGACGACGAUUGGGAUGCAGAUGAUAUCGAACAGAAGAAUGCGAAUCCUGAUAAAGCAAAGCCUUCAAGUCCACCGGUGUACGGUCUUCGCCCAGGUGGAUCCAUCAAGUAA